GGGAUUGAUGCAUCGUUGUGCGAGGCGCAGGAGAUGCCGGCGCCAGGAUUGCGCUCCCUAGGCGGUGGCGCAUCGGGAUCUUCCAGCGAGCGGUGGAUCGAUCGAUAGCGAGCGUCGGGUCGGCGUCGCGGCAAGAUUUAGGCGCUCAUCCUCCCGAGAUUUGGAAAUGUCGCCUCGGAAUUUCUGAGAGUCAUGGCGGCCUGGCCCUUCGCGAAUCAAGGGGUCGAGGGUUACGCGCCGUCAGUUCCUGUGGAGGUUUCAGGAGCUCUCCAUCAAGCCUCUUUCGUGUCGGUGGCCGACCCGAUGAGUUUCUACAUCCAAUCGACUGGGGCUAACCCCACGGAAGCUAUGAGCCAUUUCAUGUCGCCGCUGGAUCCAGGAGCUCCGUCGGUGAGGCCCUACUUGCAAGCAACCGCGAACGUUCCCCAAGAAGGAUUUGUUUUCAUGAGAGCUUCCAAGCCGCAGGAAGGCGUGACGAUAUCAUCAGCCCACACCAGCCGAGACGAUGACCAUGUGUCAAACUUAUCGGAAGAGAUGCCAACGAGAGUGAAGCUCCUGUGCAGUUAUGGCGGUAAAAUUCUUCCCAGGCCCAGCGAUGGGAGAUUGAGAUAUGCCGGUGGAGAUACGAGAAUGAUCGCAGUGACCCGCGACACGAGCUAUCUGAAUUUGAUGCUCAAGAUGGUCGAGAUUCAGCCACAGACUGUUGCUAUCAAGUACCAGCUUCCCGACGAGGAUCUGGACGCUCUGGUCUCCGUUUCCUCGGAGGAGGACCUCGAGAAUAUGAUGGAGGAGUUUGACAAGCUAGAAGCUGGGGACGGGCAUGCAAGGCUGAGGGUGUUUCUUUUCACGUCACUGGAUUACGAUGUGAUCGGGGACAGUUCUGGUGAUUUGAAGAACACGGAGCAGCAGUAUCUGGACGCUGUUAAUGGUCUUAUGGAAGGGGCUUCGAGAAAGAGUUCAGACGCUUCAGCACAAAGCACGAGCCCGCAAGGCAUUCAGGAGGUUUCUCCAGCUGCGGUACGAGUACCUCAGGUUUCUCAGGGCGUCCCCGUCAUGGCUCAGUAUACGUCGGUUCCAGCUUUAGCCAAUGGCACCAUCCUUCCUUCGAUGAUGCCGGCUUCUGGAUUUCACUAUGGAUAUGUCAACGGGCAUUCGGAGCCGGUAGACAGGAAUCUGUUGGGACAUGGUCAGUACAUUAUAACCGAGCCGAGUGUUUCAAGCGAUUCCGAGAAUGCCGCACGUCACCAUCUAGUCAUGCAACACGUUCAAGUAUCUCAGGCGACUCCGCAAGUUCAGCAGUCCGUGAUACAACCGCUUCAGGUUUCGCAGGCGACGCUACAAGAUGUGCAGAGAAAAACAGUAUUGGUUCCUCAGUUUCAGGGAUACGUGGAGCCGCAACCUCAGAAGGCUGCUUUUACUGAGCACAAUUAUACUUAUGCAGGUGACAGCCUCUUUCAGCAAAAGCAGCAAGUAUGGUCGACAGCGGUAGGAUCUGAUGCACUGGGAAUUUCCCCUGUGCUUCCUCAGGUUACGGCUUACAAUGAGCUAUAUUCAAACCCUCCGCAACUGCCUGAGCAAGUAUCUACGGAGCCAUCCUAUGACUAUCAGGAGAGGUCAAGUCCAAAAGACUUACAAGAGACGCCUCCUGCUUCUAAGGUGAACAUGAAGGAGAGUAUGCUGCAUCAGGGGGGGGUUAGCUGGCAACUAGCCGAUCAUAUGGUUCAAGCGUCAAGUUCCGAGUGGAAGGACAGGGAUACUCAGGGAGUUAGCACGGGAGCUGGAACAUCUACUCUCCCAGGGUGGUCCACACCUCUUCCGUCUUUGACGACGUUGAUAGCUCCAAGAUCUGAGCCCGAACUUACGGGUAAGGCGCUGGAGCCUCAGCUGCCGGAUGCACUAGUAAAUUUUCUCGAGGACAGCCUCCAUGCCGUAAGGACCGAGCGACCUCUUGUGGUUGAGAGCGGUCGUGGUAGUGGCAGUGACAGCAGCACUACCACGCAGAUGGUGCAUUCCGGGAACUCCUCCAGCAACAUGUUUAUGGACUUGCUCACGAGCGACGAAGUAUUCUGCAAGACUUCUUGCACCUCAACAAUGUCUGGAGGGUCCAUCGCUGCUAGCUCGGCCUCGACGUCGUCACACGCUUUAGAGGCUUGUGCACAAGUUUACUCUGAUACGUCACCCGUCUCCAGGCCAUUGCACGGCAACUCCAAUGAAGGUCUUCUGAUAUGUCUCACCGAUGGGGAUACGGGCCACACGCCCUGUCAGCCUUCUGCCGCUGAAGUGCACAUUAUGAAAGAAAUGGCCGAUCUUUCGGUGUCAGAGACAAGCAGUAACAGGAAAGCGGUAGCUGAACCCGAGGGUAACAGGUGCGACAGAUCACUUGACACCAGUGACCUUCAAAUCACAGUCACGGAGGUUACGGAUGUUACUACCUCCAGGAUAGAAGCGGCACUGAUCGAUUUGGCGGACCUGGAACUUGAAGAGCGUCCCAUUUCUGCCGCAGAGUCGGAAGCUACCGCCCGUGCUCGUGGUUUACAGGUAAUUAAGCAUUCAGAUCUGGAGGAAAUACGAGAAUUGGGAUCAGGUACAUUCGGUACCGUCUACCAUGGCAAAUGGCGCGGAACAGAUGUUGCCAUCAAGAGAAUCAAAGCUAGUUGUUUCUUUGGACCUCCAUCGGAACAGGAUCGGCUGAAGGACGAUUUCUGGAGUGAAGCGUGUAUAUUAGCUCACCUGCACCAUCCAAAUGUUGUUGCCUUUUAUGGAGUGGUACCAGACAGUCCAGGUGGUACACUGGCUACUGUCACGGAAUUCAUGGUUAAUGGAUCGCUGAAGCAGGUCCUGCACAAAAAAGAGCGAAUCUUGGAUCGGCGUCGAAGACUCUUGGUAGCCAUGGAUGCUGCGUUUGGUAUGGAGUAUCUCCACGACAAGAAGAUUAUACAUUUCGACCUCAAAGGAGAGAAUCUGCUUGUUAACAUGCGGGAUUCACAGAAGCCUGUUUGUAAGGUGGGAGAUUUGGGAUUGUCCAAGAUAAAACACAAGACGAUGGUUACCGGCGGAGUGAGAGGGACACUGCCAUGGAUGGCCCCGGAGUUACUUAAUGGAAGAAGCAUCUCGGUGUCGGAAAAGGUGGACGUUUUCUCGUUUGGCAUUGUGAUGUGGGAGCUCCUGACUGGCGAGGAGCCAUACGCGGACCUUCACUACGGUGCAAUCAUCGGCGGUAUCGUGAGCAAUCAGCUGCGCCCCCAGGUUCCCAGCAGCUGCGACCCGGAGUGGCAGUCCCUGAUGGAGCGCUGCUGGGCGGACGAUCCAGCAGUGAGGCCAACGUUUCCAGCCAUCGUCGGAGAGCUGCGGUCGAUGAUGAUGUCGCUGGCAAGGCCGACUGCUGGACAGAUAAGUCCGACCCAACAACAGCAGGAGCAGCAGCAGCAGCAGCAGCAGCAGCAGGGAUACGUACAGGGGCAGCAGAAGCAGCAAAGUUCCUAGCGACGAUCAUCCAUCGCAGCAGCAUCGUCAUCAUCGUUCAUGGUCGAGGCAAGCAGUGGAAUUUUCGUGCUUUUUCUACUUACGUGGGGUUUGGCGUUCUCGGGGUGAUGGAAGUAUAGAGAUUUUGGAGCCACUGAUAGCCAUAUGGUGUAAAGUCGCUGGGGGCAAGAGGCAAGCAAGCAGUGUAUAUAAUGAAUCCAUCCAUCCAUCCAUUCAGGUGCAAGAAAAAAGGAAGAAGAAGAAGAAGAAGAAGGAGAGCGUGAGUUUGUUUUGUUGGUGGUUCGUUCGAGUAAGAUUUUGUAGCUGAGAAAUAAAACCAUGUAAAGAGCAGAAGGUGAUAAUUUGGACGUGGUCAUUUCUUUCUAA